AUGGGAAGCGGUGAGAAAAGUGUGAAAGGGUUUCUGGUGCAUGGGAAGAAACAAGAGUCGAGAGGUGUACGAAAAGGGUUUCUUGCGAUCAAAGUGGGUCAAGGUGAAGAAGAUCAAGAGAGAUUCGUUGUGCCGGUGAUUUACUUCAAUCAUCCACUUUUCAUGCAGCUUCUGAAAGAAGCUGAGGAAGAAUAUGGAUUUGAUCAGAAAGGAACGAUAACAAUUCCUUGUCAUGUUGAAGAGUUCAGAAAUAUUAGAGGUUUGAUUGAUAGGGAAAAGUCUCUUCAUCAUAAUCAUCAUGGUGGAUGCUUUGGCUUUUGA